UUUGGAAACAUGGAAAAGCUUUCGUAAUCGUUGCAAAUCCUUUUUCAUGAAUGUUGUCUCUGUUUAUUGCUUUGGUGAUGAUUUACCACAAGAUGAACUUGUGCAAAAAUUCAUGUCUUAUGUGAUUAAAGAUGAAAAUGUGACUGAAGAUUUUACUCCUUUUAAUGGUCACGGCAUAGAUGUCACUCCAGUUAUAAGAUCAUACAUUUUACAACGUCUUCUUGCAAUCAAAGGAAGAGAAAGUGAAGUUUGUGAGUAUUUAGAAGAAUAUCUCAGUCGUGCUCAAGGUUUAUCCACCAACAAGAAACAUUUGAUGAGCGUUUGCGUGUUGUUUGUUCAUUGUAUCGAGGAUGUUGAAAUAGGGAAAUUAUUAAAAGCAAAACAAACUGAAAGCAGUGUUGAAAUCCAAAUGUUGAACGAUAUCCUUCUUAAAACACAAAGUACUUUUUGCAAUGGUGAAACCUUGGACAUUAAAAAACUUAAAGAUUUUGCUUUAAUAAGGGCUGCGUUUAGUGAACUUUCUACAUUUAUCAACGAUGAUCUUUUCAAAAACUUGGAAACCUAUCCUAAACUUAGAGAGUGCAUCCAAGCAGCUAAAAAUUUGUGUGAAAAUCGAUCUUUUCUACAGUUGUUCUUACAAAAGCAGCUGGUUCUUAAUGAUUCAAAUGGUUUAGAUGGAGCUAAAGAAAGAUGUAAAAACAAAGAAUUGAAAUGGAUUUUGCCUCCACAGUUAAAGGAGAAUGACAAAAGUCAAGACAAUUUUCUAGUUCAUGGUGAAAACUAUCACACUGUGCGAGAAGCUAUGAACAAAUUGAUAAUAACAUCAAACUCGGAAGAAAUGCAGUUGACCUUAAGAAACAUGACCUGCGAUGCUCAAAAUCAGUUUUGUUAUAUUUUACUUGCUUUUUAUGGCGAAGUUAAAACCAAAUUUCCAUCCGGAAACGAAGCAAAUCGCAUUUCUUUUGAGAUCGUGAAGAAACUUGAGCUACCUCUUGCAAAGAAUUUAUUAGAAAAUUUUAAAGAAAGUCCUUAUAAGCAGCUGCUUCACCUACAACCUGAGGAGGAAAAUGCAAAUGUUAGACGUUUGAAUGAUAUCUUGAUACAUUUUCUGGUUGUUAUGAGUUGUUUUCCAAAUAAUCAACUGUUGGGUCCAUUUUCAAACCUUGCUUUCAAUCCAAGAUCAAUGAGAAAUGCAUUUAUUCCCACCAUGCCUCACAUGAUGGUCCUGAGGUCAUUGACGAUGGUGAUAGUACAUCGUAUGAAAGCAUUAACGGACAUCGCUAUGGUGACGAAACGUAUAAUUCACUAAAAUGGGGUGUUGUAAUUGGAGAGGAAAAUUCUCGGAAAGUUCAAAAUAGUACAGGUCACAUACUAGGACGUGUUUAUGAUCAACUUCCCACAGCACAAAGAAACUUGAACUCUUUAUCAUGUUGUGUCUUGCGUUGUUUGGUACAUUUAGCCAUGUUGUUAGGAACAUCAGACCAAAGUGAGGAAAUUUCAGCUAUUAUCAAACCACCUGUUGAUGAUAUCGUGCAGUUUAUAAGAGAUCAUAUACAAAAUGAUCUAUGUUCCAUUGCAAGAUUUGUUGGCAGUAACGUCGAUGAAGCUAC